AUGACAACGAUGUUCGUCCAACUGCGCCGCGUGGUGUACCUGUUGGUACUUCUGCAAUUUUGUGUGUGUGUGGCAUAUGCGCAAAGUGAUGAUGAUCCAGAUGAAGCCAAAGUAAAUGAGAACUUGGAAAACGCGUUAAAGAAGGAGGUGACCCACGCGUAUACACUGUUUGUGGAUGGAAGUGGUUGUUUUUCUGCUUGGAAGGAUGUGGUGGGAGGUUGCAAGAGUAGUUCCGAGGAUGUCGCGUCUGCUUCAAAGAAGACCGAGGAAGAGGUUGGGAAAAUUAAAAGGUUGAGGGAGGGGGCAUCUCUGUCCUCUGGCGAUUCGUCAACGGAUUUGAAAACCAAAGAAGCGGUAAAAAAUGCUGCUGAAGCGGUGAACGCCACCAUUGAUGCAGUCGUUAAGAUGACCUCAUCAGUCAAGGGAACAAGGUGGGUGGGGGAUUUUUGUAUGGAUAUAGUUAAUAAUUGGAACGAGGAAGAGAAACGAUUUGCCGCGAAAAGAAAUUCCUUUUCAGAACUACUUGGGAAGAAAAUAGAAGAGACGCCGGAGAGAAUGAUACUCGCUAUUAACAGCAGUAAAAUACACAAGGAGUUAACUUAUCUCGUUGGGAAUCUUUCUGCGUACAAGGGAAAUAGCAGUUUCGUAACGAGGGAUUCUGGGCCACUACGGAAGGUGGAGGAUGCGUUGAAAGAUGCGGUUACUGAGCUCAAAGAAUGGGAAAAGACCCCGCACAAUAAAGGAUUGGGAGAUGAGCUCAACGCACAGAUCAAAUACACCAGGGAGGCAGGUGAUAAGAAACGGGGGGAAGUCACGAAUGAACUGAAAAGGAUAACAUUUACACGUCGAGAGAGGACAACAACCAAAGAAGUUAGAGCGAAACUGGAUGAGGCAAAGAAAACAGAAAAACUGAGAUUGGAGGGGGAAAUGGAGGAUGCAGUAAAGAAAUUGGUUGAAGAAGAAAAGACGAGAAGGGAAGAAGCAAAAAGACUAGAAAAGGAGAGAGAAGAACAGGAGGCCCAAAGAGCCAGAGAAGCGCAGGAGCAAAAAGAAAGAGAAGUAGAGGCCCAAAAGGCAAGA